CUGACGCCAUUACAAGCUUUAGCUUAACCUCUGGAAGCCCUUAUAAGCUAAACGGAAUGGUGAUUCCAAAUCAACCAGAAUCCUGCAACAACCUAACGCCAUCAAACAGCUUACUUUCAUAUCUAUAAAUCUCGACCAUCUCCUCAGACACAACUUGAUUUGUCUUGGGGCAGACAGAAUCCAUGCGAUUGUACUCAUUUCCAAGUUUGCUCCGCACCUUCUUUACUUUCUCGGCUUUCACCAGAGCUCGUGUUACGGCCAGAGUUGAUCAGUCACUUCAUUCAAACCCAAACUUCAAAUCCAUGCCAUCCAUCCCCUUCCUCGGAAGCUUGUUUGGAUCUAACUCUGGCCAAAUGUCUUAUCCCGAUCAAAGGAGCGACGAUGAGUGGCGGGCGGUGUUGAACAAAGAACAGUUCAAUAUUCUGAGGAAGAAGGCGACGGAAGCUCCAUUUACUGGCAAAUACAACAACUUCCAUGAGACCGGGGUCUAUACAUGUGCCGGAUGCGAUGCGCCUCUGUACAAGUCUAACCACAAGUUCUCAUCCCACUGCGGAUGGCCUGCGUAUUUCGACAGUAUCCCGGGCGCUGUAACCCGCCAUGAGGAUCGCUCUUAUGGUCUUCGAACUGAAAUCGUUUGCUCCAACUGUGGUGGACAUCUUGGUCACGUUUUCAAGGGCGAAGGCUACCCAACUCCGACCGACGAGAGACAUUGUGUCAACAGUAUCAGUUUAAACUUUUCGGCAGAGAGCAAGUCGGCUCAAGAGGAUAAGCCGGCUCAGGGAUAAUCAUAGCUUGUAGAAGGAAAAAUCACCUUCGUUGAGUAAUCUUACAUGGUGGCGAGUUGACAUAGCUGGGGAAGUCACAAGCUGUAUAAAUUAAUAUGUCAAGCUGGAUCUGUGAAUGUAGUAUGCUUGUAACAGUGUAGCAACUUGAUCCACCGUUACUUGAGAGUUAACGAACCACUGCGAACUAGUGUGACCAAAUUUCAGUGGGGGGGAAUUAUGACAC